AUUGCCAAAAGAAGAAAAAAAAAGUUUCAAGUAUAACUAAAAGUACAGGAUAUAGUUUGGUCACCUUAAUUGAUGGUUUUUUUUUCCUAUAUCGUCAGAAUAUAUAAGACUUUCAUAUUUUAAACAUAUUUAACUGAUAUUUAUUUAAAAUGAAUUCCAACGAGAAUACCUUCUCGCAGAGCUUUGUUAAUUUCCUCCAAGCAUCUGUAAAACUUGAUGAUUUAGAGAAAAUGACUGCAGACUUGGAUAAAGAACUGGCGGAUUCUCAAAAUAUGAUGCACGAAGUUCAGGCGCUUUACAACAGCAUCCCAAAUGUUCAACAGAGGCAGAUGCCAGACGAUUCACAUGUAAGGAAUGAAAAUCUAGAUCAAUUCCUUGUAUCUACGACUCCUGUUUUAAGAUUACCUGACAUGCCGGUGCAAACCGGGGAUGUGGAGAAUAUUGUUGCUACAAUGAAGAUAUAUGCAGAGGAGCUAAGAAAAAGCACUGUCACUUGUAGCAGCAACAAAAGCUUGACAAAAAGAAACAUUGACAAUAUUGAUUUUACUCAUUAUUCUUUGAGCUUAAAGCAACUCAGUAAUACUUUAUCUAUAAAAGUUAAUACAACAAGCAACCGUGACGUAAAUUUGGAAGAAAAAUUGGGCAGCCUCAUUGAAAAUGUGAAUAUGUUCACACAGAUGGUGGAAGCUAAUUCGAAGGUAAGGGAGACAAAUGAAACCUGGAAGGAUAACCUGCCAGAAAGCACAUUACACUAUGAUAAUAUUAUUCUGAAGAUUUUGUCAGACAUAAAUGAAGCCACAUAUUUACUCAAAAAUUAAUUCAGCUUUAAAAUUCUAUAGUUGCUGUAAGAAUUUGAUAGUAGUGAAAGCUUUGCUGUACCCCUCUGUAGUAAUUUGUUAUAGUCUGUGAUUCUUUUUAGAAGAGGCCCAUUGCUCUUAGAGCACAAACUGUACAUCAUAGAAAAUCUUGCAUCAAAAAAGGUUAAUAUGUAGUAAUAAAUUCCAUACUGCCAUAUACAUUUUUGUUACUGACAAUAGGAGGGCUUUGGAUUGUAAAGAUGUGUAGCUGGUUAAACAUGCACUAAUACAUGCAUGAAUACUGAUUUUGUGUUGAGAGCUUUGCUUGUAUCACCCGUCUUAAAUGAUAACCAUUAAAAAAAGAUUGUCAUUAAGCAAAUAAGAUCAAAUUGAACUUAAUAAAAAGCAAAGACCACCACCUAGUCCUGGAAAUAAUCUGUGUUUAUACAAAUACCUUAUUUGUAAUUUAAUGUAUUUUUUAUUUUUAGUUUUAAUUUCUGUAGUGAACCUAUAUAAUCUUAUAAUCAUAAUUAAUAGAUUAAGGUACGAAUAUUAUAUUCAAUUCUAAAGUUAAUAUAUUUAGAGGCUUAUUAAUGUUCAAGACUUCUAAAUUUAUUUGAUACUGUAACAGCAAUAGUUAAAGUUGUGUGUAUUCAGAAUAAUUAAUAUCGCUAUAUUCAUUGGUUGUGUAAGGUUCUGCUAGCUUAAGUAUACCUAUAUAAUAUGUUAUUGUUUUAGAAUUAAGCGGUAGAAAUUAUUGUAGUUUUCUUAAUAUGGUUUUGUCACUGUAUCAGUCUUUUCAUGUAAUUAAAAUUUCCAUUUCUAAGGUCAUACACAUUUUAAUGAGCAGAUAUAUUAUGAUAUUAGUAAAUAAUAUGAGAUAAAUCUAACACCACAUCUUAUCAGUAUGUUUAGAAAAAAAUUACAUACAAAAUGAUUUCCUUUAUAAUUUCAUAUUAUGUAGAUGUACCCACAUAAACCUGUGACAUUUUCAUGGUACUAAAUUGACUAAAAUAAAUAACAAUUUUUCUAUAGAUCAUGUAAUUUAAUUUUAGAGCUAUGUCUUUAACUCAAGCAAAUCAGUGGCAAAAACCAUAGCAUAUAUUACUGGUAGGUAUUCUUCAUGUAUCUCAUCCUCACUUUUAUAUCAAAUAAAUAAAAUAAAACAAAA